AUGGCAGCUAUCACCGACAGAAAGUUGGACAUCUCGGCGUCUAUCGCUGGCAUUUUGAGUGAAGAGCACCGGCCCGAGCACUUGCGGGUUUUAAAGACAUUCACGGCUGCAUUACGGGAUAAAGAAUACAGAGAUGCUGUGGAGGAGGAGGCGUUCUCCAGCCUCCUGAAGGUCUUCUCCCGACUGCGCGAUGAGCUUCUGACCAUGAGCUGUGACGACCACGACCUGCAGUCCGUCGCCCUGCAGCUGCAGCUGACCGCCGAGUGCUUCCGGGCUCAGAGGAACGCCUGUGUCCAAAGUACUCGCAACCAGAGUCUGCUCAGGGAGCUUGGCUUCAUUGAUGUCUCCCUUAAACACCUGAGCUUCCUUCAGAACACGCAUGUACAGCGCAGAGAUGGCAUUUUUGAACCUCUUCGUUGUGGGAUCCAGUUCAUCGGUAACAUGUUGGUUGGAAACCAAACGUGUAAAGAUGACAUUUGGCAGAUGAGCUUUCCAAAUCUUCUGCAGCAGCUUCUCAGUGUUGAUGACGAGAAGGCGGUAAACUAUGCCUCUAUGGUACUCCACACGUGUCUGGAUGAAGCCAAGGUGGAAGAACUUUCUGAUCCGCAGAACAUCCACCUGGCUCUCAAGGUGAUGGAGCUCUGCAGGACCCAACCUAACCUGGACUGGACGGUUAUCAUUGCUACCCAGUAUUUCCUCAAGUCUUCAGUUCUGGUGGAGAGCAUGUACUCUGGGAUGUCUCACCAUGAAAGAGUCACUCUUUUAGAGCUGCUCUCUGCCCAUCUACAAGAGGAGGACUCGGAGGAGUGUGGCAUCCCUCCCAAUGUGGCUCGCUUCAUCGCUACUUCCUUCCAGGGAGGUUGUGGGGCUGUGCUGACUCUCGCUACCAGCUCCGCUUCCAGUGAUGAGGUCCUGCAGGAGGCACUGACUGUGAUUAAUUUGCUGGACGUGCUGUGUGAGAUGACCUCUGACCACACGCAAUUCAUGUUCCUCCAGGAGCAUCCUAACCUUCUAGUGGCGACUGUUGAGCUCCUGCGGCAGGUGCACGUUAUCGGGAAGGCCAGUAAGAACAUUUUCAGUGCAGCUCAGAACUUCACCUUCAAUCCAGAGACAGACCCCGCCUCCCAAUCUCCUGUCAUCAGCUUCAAGGCACACCUCAUCAGGCUGAUAGGAAACCUCUGUUACAGCAACACCGACAACCAGAACAAGGCGAGAGACCUGGAGGGCAUCCCCCUCAUCCUGGACAACUGCAACUUGGACAGCAACAACCCAUUCAUCAGCCAGUGGGCCAUCUUCACCAUCAGGAACCUCCUAGAACACAACACGCAGAACCAGGACCUGGUCGCCGCCCUGGAACGCCGCGGCACCGCCGACUACUCGGCGCUCAAGGAGUUGGGGUUCGUGGUGGAGAAGCGAGACGGAGGCUUGCUGCUCAAAACUGUGAGGAAAGACACUUGAGGGCCUCAGAGGAGCAGCCAGGAGCCCACCAGCAGGUUUCCAUGUGAAGUAUUUGUUUAGAAAGGAAUACCGUACGGUCCUCUUGUUGCGCUACAAGCCUCAUUAAUGUUACCUAAUACUUAAGCUUCAUCUGCAGGUGAAUGACCUCUCCACUACUAAACACACACCUGUUGUGCCUGCCCAGAAUAACCGACAGCCACACUGCCGAUAGUUUCAGAAGAACAACGCUUUAGAAUUUAAUUUCAUCAGAGAAGGAUGCAUACGUGACUUAACUACCUUUAGUGUUGCCUCCCCUCGUGCCCAGAUGGGGUUUGAGGUAUUCUUGAUACACAAAAGGCCCAUGGGGUGUGAAAGAUGAAGAGUUUGGGAGAGGCGAACACAUGCUGGGUCCUUUGGCCGGGCGGAUGCUUUGUGGUUUAAUCCAAAGACAAAGAGCACCACAGUGUCCGGACUUUUCACUUCUCACAGACACCGAUGUUACCAGCAGGGGUUGGGUUUUAAUCCCCGGCCCAUAGUGACUUCUGCAGUAACCGCAAUAACAGAGAAUGACCAAAACAUGAUGUAAUCAACCCCCUCACCGCCUUCGCUACUUAAACAGUGGUUUCGUUGCCAGAGGGACGUUCCAAUGCUUCCAACUAUUUCUCUUAACAGGCAUGACAUUAAUAUUAUAAUCUGAGAACAUCUCAGUGCAAAAGGCAAUACUGGAACUACUAACUGAAGCUAUGCAUGUUUUGUCAUUGAAGAACUGCUCAGUAUACAACAUGAGCUCGUCACGCUCUCUGCUUCUUGUAUUCAGGCUAUAACAGUAAUGAGUUUUAUGCUCAAACAUAGUGUCAUUAAUGUAAUUGUAUUCCUCAUCACCUUAUUAUUAAUCAUCUAUUUCCGUCCUAUUCCAUAGUACUAGAUAAAUAGGAGAUGAGGGCUGAUGGCGUGCGUCAUACAUCAUUAACCAUCUUUAGACUCACAACUUUGAGUUGGUGUGACUGCUUCUCUUCGCUUUGAGCUCGCUGUAUUUAAGUUUUACCAGACUCCAUAGACGUUCUUAGAGUAUUAGUGAUUACUGUACUUCCUAUCUAGCAAGAUAUUGUGAUAGUGUUAGUAGCCGAUGAAUGAGAUCAUACUUAUAGUGUACGUGCAAAGAGUGAGUGGGACCAGAGCCAUUAGUUUGCAGAAUGACAUCGCUCCCUGCUCCUCCCGCUGCUGGAUAAGCUGAACCGUCCUGACACCUCAACAAUGCCGUGCUUUACUGGCCUGCUCCACCCUGUUUGCUCUGCCUCUUGAUUUUUUAAUGACAAAAUGUAUUGAAACAAUUGGCUGGACUCUCGCCUCAAUCCGCCGGCAUAGUGACGGGAGCUCACGCUGUUCCGGUCCCCAGGAUUUCAGACGGCUAACAAAACAGCUGUUACUUGCGCUCGACUGCCUGGCUGCAAUGCUUUUCAGCCCCACAGAAAAGAGGCUGUGCCAGUCAGCCGGGCUGAAUGAGGUGGCAUGGCCGCCCGGUCACCUCCCAACACAUUAGUCCACAUCAGUCGAGGCCAGAAGUUCUUGUGUUUCUCAUAUCAGCGUUUUAUACCGCAGGCCUCUACGAGAUCGUAUUGGCGCCUUCUGGGUUGAUAUUCGCCUGAAACAACAACAAAGACACUUUGUCGGGGUGUUAAGGAGUAUUGAUGCUUUGGUUGAAAUAUGUUUAUAUAAUGCUUAAUAAAAUAUUGUGUGUAUGACAAA